AUGGCGAGCAAUCCCCCGUCCAACAGCUAUGAGGUGGUGAGGAACAUCCCCAACGACCAGGCAAAGGCGAUCCUCCUCUCCCUCUGCACGAAUCCCGCCAUCUGCGCCAGAGUCGCCUCCUACGCAAGGCGGCUCGACGAGGAAGCCUCGUCCAAGAAGCGCAAGCCCGAAUCUGCCAUUGCCAUCUGCGUGCAGUGCGACCAGCCGUAUUACGAGGAGGACAAUGGCGAUAGCAGUUGUGUCCAUCAUGAUGGUCUGUUAGAGGUCAACUACAAGGCGGAGGUAUGGGAGGAGAUCUCCGAUGACGGCCCAAUCGACUCUUCAGACAACGAGGAAGACGUCCCCGAGGGCUUCAACUGGACCUGCUGCGGCACCAUCGGCACCUCUGAAGGAUGCAAAAAGGGCCCGCAUCAGUCAGACCCCGAAAAGUCGAGGAAAAGCGCUCAUGUGUCCGUGAGCAAGGCCAAGGACGACGAGUGA